AUGCCACUCCCCGAGUUCUUAACAAACACGCCCCUCCACCCGUCAUUUGACCGGGACAUCCGUGACACACACCUGAUCUACGACUACGACGCCCAGGAUGUGAACGGAAACCCCGAGAAGUGGCGGUACGAGAUGUGGUUCUUCUCCGAGGACAAAAUCAACUACGCCAUUCAUGGCGGACCCAUGGCGGGCAGGAUCAACUACCAGACGUGCCAGUACCAGUGCAUCCGCCCAGGCGAGCUUUGGCAAUGCUCGUGGCUAGAAGAAACUGGCACGGUAUGCUCGCUGGUAUACGACAUCCCGAAGAAGAAGAUCUCAACCCUGAUAUCCUUCUCAAAAGGCCACUGGGAGCAUCCCCAGGAAGCACAUGGCGACAAGCGGAAGCCGGAGGAUUUUGAGCGCUGGAGGGGUCUUGCGAAACUAGGCCACCAAGCAGAAAGGUUUAUGUUGUCUGAGCAAGCAGACAUCAAGGAAAUUUUUAAGGGUGCGGGAAGUCUGGUGCCUAUAGAUCGGGACGUUGUCACCAUAUGA